AUGGCCCCUGAUUUGCGAGCAUUGGACAAACAAGAGCGGUUUUGCUUCGACACGUUGAACAACGUGGUCAAAUUUAUUAAUGACUACGAUGAAGCGCGAGAUAAGGGUCAGAUCGCGGGUUGGAUGGAUCGCUUGGAGGGGCUUUUUGAGAACUUUUUGAAGAUUCGCUUAGAAAUUGAUUUGCUGCAGGAUGAUGAAUCGCCAACUGCAGACGAAGAUGAAAAGCUUAGUCGUGCCUCACGUGAUCGGUUUGAAAAGAUCUACGUGCAGGUGAAAGGUUUUCUCGUAAAUGCUGAACGCACAGCUAACGCGGUGCCCUCCACCAGUGCAGGUGCGGGUUCACAUGUCAAUCGCGACAAUCCAAUGGCUCGGAUAAAGCUUCCCGAAGUCAAGCUUCCUUCCUUCAGCGGAUCAGUCACUGAGUGGCUGACUUUUCGAGACACGUUCAAGAGUCUCAUCGAUUACAAUCCAAAUCUUUCUGAUGUGGACAAAUUUUCCUAUCUUGUCGCAUCAUUGAGAGGGGAAGCUAAGCGGGUUGUCGAGCCUAUCGACAUUACUGAUGCCAACUAUGCCAUUGCUUGGCAGUCUCUGACAAAGCGCUUCGAUAACAAAAAGCUUGUGGUUAAAACCUAUAUAGAUGCGUUUCUUUCCGUCGAACCCCUGAAGCGGGAAAGUUACGAAUCCCUUUCUCGACUGAUUGACGACUUCGAACGAAAUCUGCAGAUGAUUGAGAAAAUGAACAUCGACACCCAGGGUUGGAGUGUGUUGCUGGCUCACAUCGUGUGCUCUCGUCUCGACACUGCAACGCUCAAGCAGUGGGAAAAGCAUCACAAAUCGACAGACGUUCCCCGUCAAUCGCGCCUGGGAAAGCGCGGGCCUCUGAUCCCCCCCCAAUCUGAUCCAGCGCGUGUGCCGAAGAUCAAGGUUAGCAGCGUGCAUUCCGUCGUUAAUUCCCCUCAAAAGCCAUGCUGUUUCUGUGAUCAGUCUGCCCACUCGCCGUUCAAAUGUGAUGUGUUCCGCAAGCUGGCCGUUUCCGAACGGUACGAUUUGGUGAAGAAAAGGAGUCUCUGCAUCAACUGCCUGUCCGCUGAUCACCAGGUUAGGAACUGCGCAUCCGGUGCCUGCCGCGUCUGCAGUCAAAAGCAUCACACGAUGCUCCACCAACAAGCUCCCAUUCGCAAUCCUCCCCAACCACAGGGUCCCAAACCAAACUCAAGCCAGCCCUCCACAAAUCAGACUCAAUCUCAACCUCAAAUCGCUUCAACUACGUCGUCCAACGCAAAUAAGUCUUCCUCGCCAUCUAUCGUCCCUGACGAACAGACACCAUCCACGAGUGCCCUUAGUCAUUGCUCCACCUCCUCGGUUGCCAACGUCCGCCGAAUUCCAUCAACCGUUUUGCUGCAGACGGCGCUCGUGAAGGUCAUCGAUUCGUCGAAAAACACCCUGUGGGCUAGAGCGUUGCUCGAUCCCGCCUCGCAGCUGAACAUAAUUUCCGAAAGCUUGGCCCAACGAUUGCAAGUGCAACGGGUCAAGGAACACCACAUCGUCGGGGGAAUCGAACAAUCCUCUACUCCGUCCACACACUCUGUCGUAGUCCACAUCCAGUCGCAUUGCUGCCGUUUUCGUACCCAGCUUAAGUUCCACGUGCUGCCUGCUGUGACACGUGAACUUCCUUCGAAUAGCAUCGACGUAGACGAAUGGAAUUGGCCUACCGGAGUAAUCCUGGCAGAUCCCCAAUUCAACAAACCAGCAGCAGUGGAUAUGAUUAUCGGAGUGGAUGCGUAUUAUGAUAUGCUUCUCGAUGGACUGAUUCGCCUAGGCCCCGGACGGCCUGUGUUGCAGAAUACCUUGCUGGGUUGGGUCGUCUCCGGUCGGGCUGGUAAUAGCCGACCAGAUCCCGAAAUUGUUAGCAUCGUUCACGUUUGCAGCACGGACGGGCUCGAACAGCAGUUGUCCAGAUUUUGGGAACUUGAAUCCUGUCAGUCCUCCAGCACAUUGUCCGUAGAAGAAUCGACUUGUGAGGCUCACUUCGUCGCCACUACCACGAGAGCUGAGUCCGGUAGAUUCGUUGUCCAACUUCCGAAGAAACCCUCCAUUCUAUCGCAGAUGGGGAACUCGUAUGAUAUCGCCAAACGUCGGUUCCUAUCCGUGGAACGCCGAUUACAAGCCAAACUCCAACUGAAGACAGCUUACUCCGCUUUCAUCGAGGAAUACCGAAUCCUUGGACACAUGAAGGAAGUAGUAGAUGUUAGUCAGCCCACACCGUAUCGCCCGUAUUAUCUUCCACACCACUGCAUCGAACGUCCCGACAGCGUAACCACGAAGCUUCGCGUAGUUUUCGACGCGUCUUGCGUCACGGACACCAACGUUUCUCUGAACAACGCGCUGAUGGUGGGACCCACCGUCCAAGAUGACCUCUUCUCGUUGAUCCUGCGGUGGCGAACCCAUCGAUACGUGAUUAUUGCGGACAUCGAAAAAAUGUACCGCCAGAUUCAGGUGCAUCCUUCAGACCAGUGUCUGCAACGGAUUCUUUGGAGAGAUGAUCCGUCGGAGCCGAUUCGCAUUUUCGAGCUCUCCACGGUAACGUAUGGCACUUCUUCAGCGCCGUAUCUAGCCACCCGCUGUCUGAAAGAACUCUCCGUGAUAGGCCGUCAGUCUCAUCCUCUCGCUGCCAAAGUCGUAGAUGAAGACUUUUAUAUGGACGAUCUCUUUACCGGAAGCAAGACCAUUCGAUCUGGAAGGGUCUUGUGCACGCAGCUCCUUCAGCUUCUGCAUUCCGCUGGAUUUCCACUGCGCAAAUGGUCGUCCAAUUCUCCGGAGAUUCUCUCGCAUAUUCCUGAGGCACUACGUGAUGAACGAACCGUAUUGGGCCUCGAUCCAGGAGCUUCCAUCAAAACUCUCGGGCUUAGGUGGGAGCCAGCUUCCGAUUGCUUCGGCUUCCACGUUCCAAAAUGGAAGCAAGACAUUUGCGUUUCCAAGCGGCAAGUGGUUUCCGAUUCUUCGAGCCUUUUUGAUCCGCUCGGCUUCAUAGGCCCAGUUAUCGUAGUUGCCAAGUUGUUCGUGUAG